UUGCACGCCGGGAAUUGUAGUUUCCUAGCCGUGGGCUCGCAGAUGGGUGGGGAACAACCCGCCAGUUCUUGUCGGCUCAGGGGAAUGAUUCAUAGAGUGUCAGGAGGGUCAGUUCUGCUUGUGAAAGCCCACCACGAAGCUGAACUCUUCUCCAAGACCGGUGGGCCGAUGAGAGUAGGCAGGUGCUGGGCCUGACCCGGUCCCUGGAGGGUCGUCAGGCCUCCACCAAGCCCUGGGCCUUGGAGGGGGGGGGAGGCCUCAAAGCUCCGGUUGCUGGGGGAGCGGUGACGUCUCGGGGUGAAAGUUGAGGGGCGGUGACGUACGGCCUGCCCGGGCGGAGGCUGGCGGGUUGGAGACUGGAGGGAGGGAGGGAAGGAGGGAAGGAAGGAAGCUGGGAAGGAGCGAGGUAGCGGGGGCGCGAGGCGUUUACCUGGGAGGCAGCGGCUGGGGCGCGCACGGCGGCCGCGGCUCCCCCGCACCUGCGGCCAUGGAUGAAGAGCGCGCCCUCUACAUCGUCCGGGCCGGCGAGGCGGGGGCUAUCGAGCGGGUCCUGAGGGAUUACAGCGACAAGCAUAGGGCUACUUUCAAAUUUGAAUCAACAGAUGAAGAUAAAAGAAAGAAACUCUGUGAAGGCAUAUUUAAAGUCCUUGUAAAGGAUGUCCCAACAACAUGUCAAGUGUCCUGCCUGGAAGUACUCCGCAUUCUCUCCAGAGACAAAAAGAUUUUAGUUCCUGUAACAACUAAGGAAAAUAUGCAAAUACUGCUGAGACUAGCCAAGCUGCACGAGUCGGAUGAUUCUUUGGAGAAGGUGUCAGAGUUCCCUGUUAUUGUAGAGUCGUUAAAGUGUCUGUGUAACAUCGUGUUCAACAGUCAGAUGGCCCAGCAGCUCAGCCUGGAACUGAAUCUCGCUGCAAAGCUCUGUAACCUCCUAAGAAAGUGCAAGGACCGAAAGUUUAUCAACGACAUAAAGUGCUUUGACUUGCGCUUGCUCUUCCUCUUGUCACUUUUGCACACUGACAUCAGGUCACAAUUGCGCUAUGAGCUCCAGGGACUACCGCUGCUAACCCAGAUCUUGGAAAGUGCCUUUAGCAUCAAGUGGACCGAUGAGUAUGAAUCGGCCAUAGACCAUAAUGGACCUCCUCUUUCACCUCAGGAGACAGACUGUGCCAUUGAGGCCCUCAAAGCUCUCUUCAAUGUGACGGUAGACAGUUGGAAGGUGCAUAAAGAGGGCGACUCUCACCAGUUCCGUGUCAUGGCAGCUGUGCUUCGCCAUUGUUUACUAACCGUAGGCCCGACUGAAGACAAAACAGAAGAGCUACACAGCAAUGCCGUCAACCUUUUAAGCAAUGUUCCAGUCUCUUGUUUGGAUGUUCUCAUUUGUCCAUUAACCCAUGGAGAAACAUCUCAGGAGGCAGCGACUCUAGAUGAACUGCCCGGUGAUAAAACAACCGAGAAAGACACAGCUUUGAAAAGCAAUACCAUGGUAUACAAUGGCAUGAAUAUGGAGGCCAUUCAUGUUUUACUCAGUUUUAUGGAGAAGAGAAUUGACAAGGGAAGCAGCUAUAGAGAGGGUCUAACUCCAGUUCUCAGCUUAUUAACAGAGUGUUCCCGAGCCCAUCGGAACAUCCGAAAAUUUCUCAAAGAUCAGGUUUUACCACCAUUGAGGGAUGUGACAAAUCGACCUGAAGUUGGCUCAACUGUGAGAAAUAAGCUGGUGCGCCUCAUGACACAUGUUGACCUUGGAGUCAAGCAAAUUGCUGCUGAAUUCCUUUUUGUCCUUUGCAAAGAGAGAGUGGAUAGCCUGCUGAAAUACACUGGCUAUGGGAACGCUGCAGGACUGUUGGCGGCCAGGGGCCUUUUGGCUGGAGGAAGAGGAGAUAAUUGGUACUCAGAGGACGAGGACACGGACACUGAAGAAUACAAAAACGCAAAACCAAACAUUAAUCUUAUCACUGGUCAUUUAGAGGAGCCAAUGCCAAACCCUAUAGAUGAAAUGACAGAAGAACAAAAAGAAUAUGAAGCCAUGAAACUUGUCAACAUGCUUGAUAAACUUUCCAGACCCUGUCAUUAAUUCCAUGUGUCAAUACUGCCCUGUAGUACACAGAGCAGACAAGAAAGAAGAGCCCUUGAAAACAAGGGAAUGCUUUUUGAGUCGUUAUCAAGCUAAGUGGCAAGCGGGAAGCUGAAACUCGUAUAGUUGAACAUUCUUGGAGGCUUAUCUCUUCCCUGGCCAGAUGCCUGAUCAGAUGAGAAGCCCGCCAUGAUACUGUCACAGUGCCUAGAAUGGGCUCUUUAUCCAGUAGACAUCACUGUACUUUUUGGUGAUAACGGGGGCAGUCUUAACUGUGUUAAGGCCUGUAUAUAGCAUUGAAGAGAGGAGUUGCUUAAACCAAUGGGACUAAAACCUGAUGGGACAAUAACGCCUUUGGAGGAAGCACUCAGCCAGUAUUCUGUCAUCGAAGAGACCAGCUCCGACACAGACUGAAAAGCUUCAUCACCUGCUCCACUCUCAAUACGGCUAUUAUCAGCAUCUUUUCUCUGUAGCUCCAGGGGAAUCUCUUUCUCUAAAACAUUUAUGCCCUUGCUUUGGCUAGAAACACAUUAGCUGGUUUACUCAUUGAGAACCCAGCGUAUCUAAGAGGUGGUCCGGUGUUCUCUGCAACAUUCAGACCUCUACACAGAGCUGGAGUUAGGCAGAGUUGCAGGCUAGGAGCAGAAAUAGUCAUUCCAUUUCAUCAGGAUGCAGUGCCGGGCUUCACUUGGAAGCAGCCUGGUCCAGUCUGGUAGUCUUGUUGCCAGGAUUCCUAGCCGAAGAUUCAGCCAUAUCCACCCAGUUGUGUAAACCACCCCUUCUAAGUCUCUCCAGCAACCCCAAGGCACAUGAGAGCCCGAGGAGCUGGCAAACAAGGGCUGAGGCAGGUGACUUCUUAGAUCAGUGCUGACUAAUUGGAAGCCAGGCAGCCGCUCUGGAAACCCAGCCCCACACAUCAUUUCAGUUUUAUAUGAACGUGGAAACACACACACAGAGCCCCAGACUUACAAACCUGUUUGUAUGUCACUUAAGCUAAAACUUCAGAAUACAUCUCUCCUAUGAGGAGUUAGAAAUGAUGGUUUUGUUCCAGGCAGCUACAUGUGCCUAUUUAUUCCUCAUGUUCCUGAACACUACAUGUACCGUAGGGCUGGACCACCAUCUGUACCACUGCAUCCAGUGCAUUCUGAGGUCUCACUCAGGGUGCCAAGAACAUACUCAUCCUCCAAGCAACAGAGAGGAUGGGGCUCCCCGAGUAGUGGGAGUUCUUUUGUGGCCUGUGCUGGGGGUAGAGAGCCAACAGCACCCAUUUGUACAUAAAGGUCAUUCGUAUGUCACAUGUUUUAAACAAGGGUCUCUGUGUGUAUUUGUGUGUGUGUUCUUUCUACCAUAUGUGAUCAGUUUAAUGGUAACUUUAUUUAUUAAAAAAAAGAAACACAAAUAGUUACUAUUAAACUGAUUAAGGUUGUUUAUUUUUACUCUUAGAAUGGUCAUAUGAAGUAGACGUGCAAUCAUGUAGACAGCAGGCCAAGUUGAUCAGUGGCUAAAGUUGAAAAGGGGUUGGUUUCCUUUCAUAUAUGUGUGUAUGUGUAGACACACAUACACACAUAUAUGCACACACAUAGAUUAUGUGCUUAACCACUGCCUUUUAAAACUUUAAAUAAAACAUUGGGGAUGAUUCAAUUUA